AUGGCGGAGGAGGGGAGUGUUGAAAGCCCAAUGAUCGAGAAGGAGGAGUUGCCCGCGAAAGCGCGAAGUACCAAAGCCAUCGCAGCAAUCGCAGCAAUCAUCGGCAUCGUCAUUGGUGUCGGACUCUUCGCCUACCAGAACGGCACCACGAUCACAGGCUCACUUGGCAAAGCUGUGCAACUAGAUGCGGAGUCGGAGCAUCUCCUAUCUCUUGGUCUUGGAACCGUGUGUCGGCAGAGCCCCAGUGACCAGCAAGUGGUGCCAAAGGAAGCAGAGGUGGUGUCCACGACCAUGGAGGAUUGCAAGGAUCGAUGUGAGAAGAUGGGAGCAGAGUGCCGCGCCGCGGAGUUCCGCACCUCCGAGAGCCGAUGCGAACUCUGGAAGGUCCCGGCACGCUAUCACAUGACCGUCUUCGAUCAGAACACCGUCGGGGGCAAGCCGGACUUCCACUGCUUCAUCAAGUCCGGGCGUUGCGAGACGCUCUCAGCUCACAAGGAAGUCAUGGAAGACGCAAUGAAGAAAUUGCUUGAUACCAUCAAGAUUCAUUGCAUGCACGGCCCCAGUGGAGACAUGUUCAGCAAGUGCUCCGCAAGCUAUGCUCAAAGCCUGCUGGACGCCAAGAAGCGAAUCUGCACCGCAAUGCAGGGAGCCUGCAGCGGCGGGAAGGGCGAAACGCCAGUGGUGACCUCCUUCCUGAGCAAAAGCACGUUGCUGCGGACACAGGAGUGUCUCAUCUUCCGGUCUGACAGCAACGGAGAGGACUUGGAGGGCUUCGCUGGCGCCGGCCUCUUCGAAUCGAUCUGUGCGACGUCGGACAUUCCUUGCAUGGUGAGGUUCCACCGGCUACGACUACUUACAGACCAUAGCUUUCGCCAGACCCUGCUCAGCAAACUGGCGGAGGCGGGCCGCGCCGUGGAGAAGGCCUUUGGGUCCCCGCAGGUGGCGCGUCUCAUUGAGCAGGCGCGCAUUGACACGGAAACCAAGGCAGGACAUUUGAGAAGAUUGUCCCCCAGCUUUUGGGCUCAAGCAUUUUGCUGCAUGAUUCAUGUGCGGAACGUCGCCGGGGAGCUCUUGCUUGAGCUGGAGCCGCCAGAUGAAGGAGUGGUCCAAAGUAUCAAGCGGCGCAUCCAGAAGGAAACAGGCAAAAGCUGCAUGCAGCAGCAGCUGACCUGUGACAAGGGCAUUGUCACAGCUGAGAACUGGAAGGAUCUUCGCCCUUCAGAGCUGCAUGUGAUUUUUCGGCAACUUGAGUACCGCCUGGAUCCGGAGGUAUCCACUGCUGCCUUCACUGGUUCAGAAGAGGUGCUGGUCAGCUUGCUCAAGGCCCAUGCCCACCCGGAUUCCCUGGAGCGUGGCCGCAGCGGGUGUUUCCGAGCCGCCGAGGCUGGCCACGUGAGAAUUUUGGAGCACCUGUGCGAUGCUGGCGCCGAUGUGAACCUUCCAGAGCCAAGAAGUAGCCAGACGCCGUUGCACAGGGCCAAGAACGUUGAGGUGGUGCGCUUUUUGCUGCAAGCUGGGGCAGACAUACAUCGUGGCGACUCCAAGGGCCUCACCGCAUUGCAUCUCGCAGUCCUCAGGCAAGCCACGGCGGUAGUCAGGGAGUUGAUUUCCUUUCAGGCAGAGGUGAACAGCGAAGCCGGGGAGAAGACGGCCUUGAUGAGCGCCGCAGAUCUGGGGGACCACGAAGCCGUGCAGCUGCUGCUGGGCAGCGCCGCCUCCGCCACGGCCUUCCACAGAGGAUGGACUGCGCUGAGCUUCGCGGCGCUGCGGGGCCACGCGCGCGUCAUGGCGCAGCUCCUGAAGACGAUGCACCCGGAUACCGUGGAAGGGACCAUUUGGACACCUCUCUUCCACGCAGUGAGUUCUCAGCGGGUGAGAGCUGUGCGCUUGCUUCUGGACGGCCGGGCGGAUCCAGACAGGAGGGAUGAUGAUGGAUGGACCCCGCUCCACCUCGCAUCAUCCAAGGGCAACACUGAAUGUGUCAACGUUUUGCUGCGAGCCAGAGCCAGUCUGGACUUCAAAAACAACGAGGGCAUGACGGCCUUGAUGCUCGCAGCUCAUCUCGGGCAUUGCAAAGCGGUUGAGUGUCUGAGCAUCUUUAAGGCGGAUUUGGACCAGCAGGCGGAAAACGGUAACACGGCGUUGAUCUUCGCAGUGGAGCACGACCAGAUCUCAGUGCUGCGAUUCCUGCUCUUCGCUGGCGCCAAGAAAGACCUGCGGAAUGCCAGCGGAUGCACUGCUGCGCGCCUCGCAUCCAAGCUGAAGCACCUGGAUGCAUUGCACUGGUUGGAGCACUAG